AUGGAACCGGUCGCAUAACUACGAAUUACCGCCGACUCCAUCUCUCCAACAACACAGGAUACCUUGCCGGGGAUGCUUUCCGGCUCCCGCCUCAAAGAUGCCGCCCGCAAAUGCCGUGAAUCAGCGUAGAACGCCAAUCAGAGCUGACGAAGAUGGAAAUUUGAAAAGGUUGAGCACUAAUGGAAGACAAUUGACAAGAGGUCCAGCAUUAUCUAAAAGCGCAAUGCUGCCACCUUCAUUGAUGGUUUGGGAAACGAGAACAACGAUCCAUCUCUAAGUGAUACUCGAAGUAAGAGAAAGCGACUAAUUUUGUUUGACAUUUGCGCACCCCAACGUCUCUCCAUACAGGUUCCAUUUAUCAUGGACAAGGCAGAGGAAGUUGAUGUGAUCAUCGUCGGCUCUGGCCCGGCUGGACUCUGCGCUGCGCAGUGGCUGACUCGCCUGGGGAUUGACUUCGUCAUCGUCGAAAAACGUGAUGGGCCCUUAGAGUUCGGUCAUGCGGAUGGCGUCCAAUGCCGAACGGUCGAGGUGUUUGAGAGUUUUGGCCUGGCAGAAGAGCUUGUGAAAGAUGCAUACUGGGUCAACGAGGUCUGCUUCUGGGCACCGGGGGACGGAGAUGAGACGAAGAUUGAGCGGCGUGGACGGGCUCCGGACGUGGAGGAAGGCAUCUCCUGGAGACAUCAUGUCAUUUUGAACCAGGCACGGUUUAACAUGAUCCUCAUCGAGUCCAUGAAACGGCUCGGCGGGAAGGAUGUCCAGUACGGUGUGAAGGUUAAUGCUGUGCUCGGGGGCUCGGGAGACGAACCGUAUCCAGUGGUUGUGGAAACGGAGAAGGAGGGGAAACAGCGCAUGUAUCGGGCAAAAUAUGUGUUGGGAGCCGAUGGCGCACAUAGUAUCGUGAGACGAAGCCUAGGCUUCACUAUGGUGGGAGAUACGAGUGAUGCCGUCUGGGGCGUGAUGGACUGCUUUGCCCAAACCGACUUUCCAGAUAUCCGAAAAAAGACGACCCUUCGGUCUCAAGCUGGCAAUCUACUCAUCAUUCCCCGCGAAGGUGGAACUAUGUCAAGAUUCUACAUCGAACUGCCGCACGGGACGGAUCCGAAGACAGUCCAGUUGAAAGACCUGCAGGAGAGCGCCCGCCAAAUCUUCUCGCAAUACAGUCUGGAGAUUGUCGAGACAUAUUGGUGGUCCGCAUAUGCGAUCGGGCAGCGUCUCGCGGACCAGAUCUCGAAAGACAAUCGGAUCUUCUUGAUGGGUGAUGCCUUUCACACGCACUCGCCGAAAGCUGGGCAGGGCAUGAAUAUGAGUCUCCAGGAUGGAUACAACAUUGGCUGGAAGCUUGGUUACGUGCUCAAAGGGUUAUCUAGCCCGGACCUACUCCGAACCUACAAUCUCGAGCGCGAGAAGACUGCAGCCGACCUGAUCGCCUUUGAUCGGAAACUCACCAAGCUCUUUUCGAUCCAGACCGGCGGUAACAAGAUCGCCACCGCGGCGGAGACGUUCCGCGAGUUCUUCAUCAUGUCAGGCCUCUAUACCGCCGGCCUCACCACUUCCUAUGACGAGUCAAUGAUCACGUCGUUAAGUCGGACCACUCAGAAUUUGGCCACGAAGAUCACCGUGGGGAUGCGGUUUCCCAGCGCCCAAGUUGUCAGAUUCAUCGACUCUCGGGCAGUUCAACUUUCAGCCGCAGCUUUGGAUGCGGACGGAAAAUGGAAAGUUGUCGUCCUGGGUGGCAGCGUUCAAAACGUGAGGAAGGGGGACAGCGGAUCCGCGUUCCUGUGGAAAGAUCAAAACCCUCAGUUUGGCCCGGAGAUCGACGGUGCAAAUAUGAUCGAGCCGGUUCUCGUGCUACACGGGGACCGAACCGCGAUCGAACAGAGCGAUAUUCCCGAGAGUUAUGCGUCUGAGAGGGGAACGUACAAAAUUCGCCAGUUCCACCACGUCUACGUGGACGAUAAAAGCUAUAACAGUGGCCAUGGACAGGCGUACGAUGCAUGGGGAGUGGAUCCUCGCCACGGCGCAGUUAUCGUUGUGAGGCCAGAUCAGUACGUAGCACUGGUUUGUCCGAUCGACGAAGCCCCGAUACAUAAGUUCUUCGAGAAAGUCUGGCAAGCAAGCCGAAGGUGAAAUAGAGGCCUGGUCUAAUAAUGCAAUGAUGGGACCAACUUCACGGGUCAUAAGGAAUUGUAGGAACUACAUGGCUGUUGCAUAAAAGAGCAUUAUCUCCCAUUUCCGUGAAGUUCAGAGUGGUACAUGUAGC